AUGACUUUAGGAUUGGGAGUGGGGGGUUUGGAGAUCUCCUUCGAUGAAUCAAUUGUCGGAAAAGUUGGUGAACUGUUUAAUUCCAGUAAAACGAAAGCAAAAGAGUUGAUAAACAUGUUUGAUAACAUUGUUGGUGAUGAUGAUCUAGAUGUAGAUGUCGUCUGUCGUUUGUAUAUUUUAGUUUGCUUUGUUGAGUUUUUUUUCGCUAGGAACUCAAGGCAUGUUUCUAACAUGCCUUGUGUAGUGCUAGAUGAUUUAGAUAGUUUGUGUAAUUAUGAUUGGAGUGGUGCUAUACAUACGUAUCUUGUACAUAGUCUCAACAGAUGUAAUAAGAAAUUAUUGACUGGAAAGAUUGCUGAUUCUAUAAGCAUUAGUGGUAGUGCUGUUGUGUUGCAGCUAUGGGUGUACGAACGCCUAGGUUUGCAUUCUCAGCCAUCUUACAAGGUAUUUCUGCGACUUAAGCGAUUUCGUUCCUUAAGUUAUGGGACCAAAGUAAUAGAUCUUUUGUUUAGGAAAGGGGAGGUACACUUUGAUUGGUACAUUCGAUCCGUUGAGCGUCACAAUCCCAUCAUCCGUAGGGCAUUCAAUAUGGAUGCGGUGGCGAGGACUGCAAAAGCACCUGAAAAAGCUGAAAAUAGUUGUGAACCUCCACGUGCUGGAAGAUUGGAAAAAGUUAGAAAAAACAACCAGAAAAUAAAAAGUCUUAAUGAUGAAAUUGUUGCUAUAAGGAAGGCGUUAAGUCAACGAAGAAAGACUGGAAGGUUUCACCAAAAUAUUUCCGUUGACGAAGCUAGUGUUGAUGUUGUGGGUGAGGGGAAUGAAGGAGGUGUCCAAGAAGCAACUAUUGAUGAUACAGUUGCAGACGAAGCAGGUGCUGGUGAAGGAGUUGCUGAUGAAGCAGCUUUUGGUGAAACAGCUGGAGAUGAAGAUGGUGUACAUGAAGAAGAAACAACUGCAGCACCUGUUGAUGAAGCUGCUGCAACUGCAACACCUGUUGAUGAAGCAGCUGCACCUACAACAGCUGUUGAUAAAGCACGUGCAGAUGAGCAACCUGUUCAUGAAGCAGUUGCACACGAACAAGGUGUUGACGAAGCUAUUGCAGAUGAAGAUGUUGUUGAUGAAUUACCCCCACGGGAUCCACCAACUUUCGUUGACAUUGGUGGUGAUGAUGACGAAGCUGAUCAAAUAAUUCCACAUGUACAAUCCUAUGUUUGUGAAAUAAUGGGUCAACUGUUGAUAACGAGGGACUGUAGCUCCUUAGGGCCUCGAGAAUGUGUUGACAACAUGGUUAUAAUUUUUGUAGCAACCAUGUUUAUGUAUUUUGAAAAAAGGUCAACUGGAGUCAUAAAAUGGAUGAUCUUCAGUCCAAUGUUUGCGACUCACUUACUAACUGACAAUAAGAGGCGAGUUGCCAAAAGACAUGUCUGGCAAGUUAUAGAUUACCAGCCUUAUUUUCGACACGAUCUAGUACGAGUUCAAGAUUUAUUAUCUGCUGAUUGGGUUUUCAUCCCAAUUGUAACCAAGAAUCACUGGUGGUGCUAUGCACUGAGGGUCUACACCAUGCAGUUUUUUGUUAUUGACUCAUUGGAGAAGGGAAUCAGCGGACGUGCUGGGAUUGACCGAAGCAUUGUACGUUUUACUGUUGAUGUUCAGUUGUUCAGUUGUCAUUGA